AUGUCCCAACUUUCUACAGCAUCUUCCUUCAAAACUUCUACUGGUGAAGAAACAAUGUAUGUUCUUCCCUGUAGGGCUCAGUCGGAGAACAUUUAUCUUGGUAAGGCGAUUACCAUUGUUCCUUUGAGCACAACCUACAACGCUAAUUUGGGAUCGAAGGAAUCCCAAACUACUCAUGCAACAAGUUCUGGAGGACCCUCUGUAGGUAACUUCUCCAACCCUUCUCUUGAUAAAUUUAGAGAAGAUAAUAGAUAUGUUGAUAGGGUAAUUAGAUAUCUAGUCACUAGGGUGCUGCGUGAAGAUAUACAUGUGGCUGGGAUUUCUCGACCUCUUGCGCAAAUUGUCCCUUCCACCAAUAAUGAUGAAGAAGAGCAGACAACCGACUCCUCUAAAAGUAAUGAUUCUGAUAACAAUUUGCAUAAAUUUUCCGAUUCUGUGCUGAAUUCUACUGGAGUUCGAGAAAAGUCUCCCAAACCUAACAAGAAGCAGGUUGUGUUCGGAACGGUAAAGUCGUGGAGCAAAGUAAGUGUCUCCUCAAAGAAGAGAAAAAUUACGAUAGAGACUGAAUCGGAUGAUGUUGAAGGUGAUGUUCAGGACAUCAUACGAGUAAAGAAAACUGUGUCCAAGCAGUCAUCUGUGAAAGUUCCAAACGCUCCCAUGGAUAACAUUUCUUUUCACUCUGUUGACAGCGCAGACAAAUGGAGAUUUGUGUAUCAAAGAAGGAUUGCCCUGGAAAGAGAACUUGGUCAGGAUGCUCUAAAAAUUAAGGAGAUCAUGGACUUAAUUUCUGCUGCUGGACUUAUUAAAACAGUAACUGACUUUGGUAAAUUCUAUGAGGUUCUGGUUAAGGAGUUUGUUGUGAACAUACCCGUGGACUGUGCUGUACCUGGAAGUCAGAAUUUCAGGAAAGUCUAUGUAAGGGGUAAAAUUGUUCACUUCUCCCCUGCGGUAAUCAACAGGCACUUGGGAAGAAGUAAGGACGAGGGGUGUGAUUUGGAGGUGACUGAUAAUCAAGUCUUUAAGGAAAUCAUUGCAAAUCAAGUUGCUGCUUGGCCAAUGAGAGGCAAACUGUCUGCUGGUCAACUCAAUUUAAAGUAUGCUAUUCUGCACAAGAUUGGAGCUGUUAAUUGGGUUCCCACCAAUCAUACUUCAACAGUGGUAGUUGGGUUGGGAAAGUUUCUCUAUGAUGUUGGGACCAAAACUAACUUCGACUAUGGCACUUAUAUUUUUGAUCAGACUGUAAGACAUGCUGCUACCAAUGCUACCAAGAUGCCUAUUGCAUUUCCUUCCUUGAUCUGUGGUGUUGUCCUCAACCAACACCCUGGAAUCUUACUAAGUACUGAUGGGACUUGUAAACAUGUUGUAGAUCUUGUCCUGACAUCUGCUGAGAAGAAGACGUCUACCACAGCUGAUACUAUUCUAGUUCUGAAGGAGACCUGUAAGGACUUGGAUGAGAUCAUUGCUACCAGCACCAAAAGGAAGCUUGACAUUGAACGACUUAUCAAGAGUCUUGAACAGCCUGACGAAAAUGGGACUAGCAAGGCACCUGGAGGAGCAGCUGAUACACAGGAAUCUGAUGACCAUGUUGAGGGUCAUACCUUAGAUAACACUACUACUGAAGGUGAUGAUAGUUCCUCAAGUUCCAGUUCUGAUGAGGAAGAUUAA